UCCAGGAGGUGGCGGUAAUGCACCUCUAAGCUGGUUUACCGACACCGAAGAAGCAGCAGAAGAAGAAGGAGAAGGAGAAGAAGUGGGUUCAGCUGUUGAGACUUUCCUGCAUGUGAAGCAGCUCGAGCAGCUAAUCUGUUUUAACCGCGUCUUUCUCUCGAGAAAAGAGAUGGCGCUGAUGGGGGUUCAGCUGGUGGUCAGCUUGCUGGCUGCUAGCAUUAUGCAGAGGAUGGCUCCACAUUGCUCAUUUGCACGCUGGCUCAUCUGCAACGGCAGUUUGUUCCGGUUCAAACACCCGUCAGAAGGAGAGCUGUGUGCUCUGGCCGGGAAGCAGAUGCCCAAACAGACCAGGAGAGACAGGAGACAGAAUGGGGAGAGCAAGCCUCUCACUGUGCCCAAAGACAUCGACCUUCACCUGGAGAAAGCGCCAAUCAACGCCAUUGACGCUCUUGUGCUGCGUUUUUUCCUGGAGUACCAGUGGCUGGUAGAUUUUGCAGUCUAUGCAACGGGUGUCUUCCUGAUCACGGAGUGUUACGGCAGUGUUGUGGAUGCCAGCAAAGAGGUCAAUCUCGGAGCCAUUUGGUGUGUCUUGACUGUCCUCUUCAGUGUAAAGACCCUGCACACUCUGAUGAGCCACUACUUCCGCUCUGAAGAGGGCGGCGAGCGCUCGGUGUGCCUUGCCUUUGGCUUCCUGUCUCUGCUCGUGGCCAUGCUGGUGCUGGUGGUCAAAGAGGACUACCUGGAGUUCGGCCUGGAGUCGGGCUUUUCCAGCCUCUUUGACAACUUGGAAGUCUUUGUCAAACAGCAGGGCUACGCUGACUGGUCAAUCCCAGUGACCAAGCUGACAGUGAAGCUCGGUCUGGCUGCUCUCUGUGCUUACAUUGGUGCUCUCCUGGCCUUCCCCGGCCUGCGACUGGCUCAGACUCAUCUAGAUGCUAUACAGAUGAACUCAGGCCGACCACUCAUCCAGAUUCUGCUGCACUUGAGUUUCCUGUCUCCAGUCAUUGUGUUGGUUCUAUGGAUAAAACCUAUCGCAAGGGACUUCCUGGCCAAUGCACCUAUGGGGAAGACCUCUGUCACAAUAGUUUCCAGUGAAGCAUUUGACAGCAUGCGCCUGUGGAUCAUCGUGGGGUCGUGUGUGCUGCGGCUCGCACUGACACGAUACCACCUGCAGGCCUACCUCAAUCUGGCUCAGAAGUGGGUGGAGCAGAUGAAGAAGGAGGCCGGACGUAUCGCUGCUAUUGACAUUCAGAGGAAGGUCACUCGUAUCUUUUGCUACCUGACUGUAAUUACUCUCCAGUAUCUGGUCCCUGUUUUUCUCAUCCUCUUCUCCACACUGGCACUCAAGGCCCUAGGGGACUUCUCCUGGAGCCCCGGUAGAGAACAGCCCCCUGGCGUGACACCAGCGCUUGUGAUGCCCACGGCAGCCCCCGUGCUGCCCGGUGGUCUCGAUGAAGAUGAAGAGGGGAUGGAGGAUAUGGAGGAGGACAUCCAGGCCACAGUAGCGCGCCUGUCAGAGGCCUUCACAGCGCUGAGGUCCGUCCUCACUCCGCUUUUCUUCCGUGGCUUCUUCGCCUUCAUGACGUGGUGGGUGGCUGCCUGCCAGGUCAUCAGCUCUCUGUUUGGCAUCUACUUCCACCAGUACCUUAUGCAGAACUAAUCGAGGGAAACGGAGUGCCAUACUGUUGUACCUGAAUGCAGCCCCUAGCGCUCUGCUGUCUGCAGGUAUCCUUUGCAACAGCACAACAACAGCUAAGGGGACAUUUCAUUAAAACACAGCUACAGACAGAAAGCACCUUGUUUGUGGCUGUAACAGAAGUUCUGAUCGAGGUUUGUUGAGAGGAGACAGGUGAUGGACACCGUCUGUUGCAAUAUGGGCCACCUUGUUGCCCUUAUGGCUUUUUGUAACCAGCAGGCUACUGGUAUCAAUAACACAAAUGUACAGAGAGAACUGAGGUCUAUAUCACAAAGCAAAUUCAACUUAGUCUGGCUCUCUUUGGGUUACCUAAACAUAAACAAUCUUUGAUAACCGGUAUCAUAAAGCUGGUUAUCAACUGGCUCCGUUAACUCUGGGUUUACUGAAAGAGGCAGAGUUUUUAAUUACAUGCAACAUCAAAAGAACCAUGAGAGGAUUACUUAAUAUGACACAGAGAUACCCACUGGGAAAUUAGGUUAUUGUGGUAGUAAUUCAGUAUAAUCGCACAAGUAGAAUAGGAUAAGAAGCUUUAGAAGUAGGAGGAAUCAUUUCCAAAUGUUCCAAGUAUGAAUAUAAAUAAGAAUAAGAAUUAUGCCUUUUUUAAAUAUGUUCAGAAGUCUUUCAGAAGCAACAUUUUGUUGCUGUUUUCUGUCAUUGUGAACUAGUGUUGCACAGAAUACUGAUACUAAAAAGGUAUCGCAGUACCCUGCCGUUAAAAAUGGUACGAUACCCCAUUUUAUUAGUACCAGUACUUUAACAACAGUAGUAGGCCAUAUCCUAUGAGUUGCGUAGAUGUGCGACAGCUGGGCAGCAUGUGUGUGUGUGCAGCGCUCUGCUUGAGGACAGCAUUUAGAGGAGCCGUCCUCAAAAGGCGGUCAAAAAAUGAACUGUAACAUUAGUUGAAAAGAAGAUUAAAGCAGGUGAUGAACCACAGUCCCGCUCUUGGCUGGUUUCUGUGUCAACAGAACUCUGUUAAAAAAAAUCAACGAAAAUAACAGCGCUGCUCUAAUUACCGAUCAAAUGCCGAUAACAUUAGAUUCACCAUUUUUUUCUGAGUCUGUCCAAGCAUCUCCUGCACGUGUUAAAGUAUUAUUUCACCUUGUGUCUCAGUAACGUGAAGUGGAGGAAAGGACUUCGGCGGCUUGAGUGACAUUCUCUUCGCAAACACCACUUCGACACAACACAGCGCUUUCUACAGUUACUGUAGUUUCUUUAUGAUUUUAGCAACUUUUCCCCCCCAUCAACUUCUCACAGAACUUCAUCUGAAUUUAUUAUCAUUUUGUGGGUUUUUGUUAAUGAAAGCCUCUCGCCGUCUACCGUGCUGCAGUACCGCUCUCUGCCUGAACUGUUACCAAAAAGAAGCCUUAUUAAACACUGUUUAAUACAGCUCUUCUGAUUGGUCAAUCACCUAAUUUUAUGGUUUGUUGUUUCUUUAUAACAGACCGUUGCUAUGUAUAACAGACCGUUGCUAUGGACGCAGUUUUGAUCUCGUACUCUGGCGGACC